UAUAUGACAUACGAUAGCAUAAGUGAUAGAAAGGAAGUGAAAAAAAAUUAGAAAAAUGAAUAUCGUUACUUGUAUCGCACCUAUUAAUAUUGCCGUUGUAAAAUAUUGGGGUAAAAGAGACGAAACGUUAAUAUUGCCAGCAAAUGAUUCCAUUAGCGCUACUUUAGAUACUGAUCAUUUAUGUGCAAAAACUACUGUGAUGAUUAGUCCAAAUUUUAAACACGAUCGUAUAUGGUUAAAUGGACGAGAAGAAGAUAUUAAGAAUAUUAGAUUGCAAAAUUGUUUAACAGAAAUUAAAAAAAGGGCAGGAAAUUCCAAUCAUAAGAAUCAAUGGAAAAUUCAUAUUUGUUCAGAAAAUAAUUUUCCAACUUCAGCUGGUUUAGCUUCCAGUGCUGCAGGUUAUGCUUGCCUUGUAAUAGCACUUGCUAAAUUAUAUGAAGUAAAGGAUGAUAUUACUGCAAUAGCUCGUGUUGGUUCUGGAUCAGCAUGUCGCAGUAUUUUAGGAGGUUUUGUAAGAUGGUAUAUGGGUUCUCAAAUAGAUGGGACUGACAGUAUAGCAAAACAAAUUGUACCUGCCAGUUAUUGGCCAGAAAUGAGAAUUUUAAUAUUAGUUGUAAAUGAAGCAAAGAAAAAUGUUUCCAGUGCAAUUGGAAUGAGAAGAGGUAUGGAAACAUCUGAUUUUCUGAAUUUUAGAGUAAAACAUCUUGUUCCUGAUAGAGUGAAAAGUAUUGAACAGGCUAUUCUACAAAAAGAUUUUAAAACAUUUGCUGAACAUACAAUGAGAGAUUCAAAUCAAAUGCAUGCAGCUUGUUUAGAUACAUAUCCACCAUGUGUCUAUAUGAAUGAUAUUUCACAUGCUAUUGUUAAUUUGAUUCAUGCUUAUAAUGAAACCGUGAAAGAAAUAAAGGUUGCAUAUACUUUUGAUGCAGGACCAAAUGCAACUUUAUAUCUUUUAGAAGAAAAUGUAACAGAAUUUUUAGGAGUAUUAGAUUAUUUUUUCCCUACAACAACUAAUUUAGAGGAAUAUAGGAAAGGUUUACCUGUUAAAGAAGUUGUACAUUCACUAGAGCUAUUCAAUAAUAUUAAUGUAAGAAAACAAUCUCCAGGAUGUUUUAAAUAUAUUAUUUAUACUAAAAUUAGUGAUGGUCCUAAAUAUUUAAAUGAUUCUAAGGAUCAUCUUUUAAAUAAAGAAGGAUUACCUAUUAAUUUAAUUUAG